AUGAGCAACAAGAGAAAAAUGUCUCUGCUUUCGUCGUUCGAGAACAUCUCACCCCAGGUCAUCAGCCGGGUGGGACGAGAGAUUCAAGACCUCCAGCGAAACCCUCCAGACGGUAUCCGCUUCUUGCCCCAGGAAGAGGACACCAUCGCUGAAAUCCACGCGGAAAUCAAGGGUCCAGUCGGGACUCCCUACGAUGGUGGGUCCUUCCACAUCAAGCUCGUCCUGAGCAACGAUUUCCCGCACUCGCCGCCCAGAGGUUUCUUCCUGACAAAGAUCUACCACCCCAACGUUGCGCCGAACGGUGACAUCUGCGUCAACACGCUCAAGAGAGAUUGGACGGCGGAGGUUACUCUGACCCACGUCUUGCAGGUAAUUCGAUGCUUGCUGAUCGUCCCCUUCCCGGAGUCGAGUCUGAACGACGAAGCCGGACGGCUGUUCAUGGAGAGCUACACCGAGUACGAGCGGCGCGUUAAGGUCUGGGUGAACGUCCACGCGUCCAAGUCUCUGUCGUCGGCCCCGGACGGGGGGGAGGCAACCAGCGGCGGCGGUAGCAGCGGCAGCGGAGCGGCUAUCAAAGGAGGCGUCGUGAAGGCGGGGGGGAACGGGGAUUCAGGAGCGGCGGUGGCAGCGACGGCGGCACCGGCGGCGGCGGUCAGUGGGAAGAAGGCGGCCCCAUCGGGCAAGAAGGGAUCCUCAUCUGCCAAAGUGGCUGUAGGCAGCGGCGCUGCGGGCGGGGUGGCCGGUGGCAAGCGAAGGGAGGACGCGGGGGCGGCGACGGCGGCAGGAGCGGCGGCGGCGCCGAGGAAGACCGUCAAGGACCGUCAAAAGGAGGCCAAGAAGAAGGGGCUCAAGCGCUUGUAG